AUGUCCUCCAACAUGCUUUACGGGAUUAUAUUGGCAGCCUACUCUGCCCAUUCCAACUCCCACCACUCCUACAACGACCGACAAUCCUCCGAGGAUUUCCCAUCAACACUGAAUACGCACAAUGGGGCGAGGAUGCCAGCAAUGCCCAGUGAGCUCGCAAAGCAACGGGUAGCAAGUCUACCUCGCAGAUCAGAGCUGCUGGCACUGGACACAUAUGACCAGGACCCGUCUGCUAUUGUUGCAAAACAGCAAAGCGCUGUCAUGGUCUUUGCGAGCGAAUGCGGUGAGCUGCGGAAAGGACUGCUGGAGGCUCUCAGCGCGCCUACAGGUUCUGCUCAGUAGUUGCAGAUAUGGUUGUAAUCCUCGUAUACUUUGUUUAGUCAUGACAAAGCUGCAGACUAGCAUCGAAUGCCUCCCAUUGUUUCGAGGGCCGCAGGCAAUAAUGAGGAAGUUCAGUUUCUCUGAGCACUGGGCUGUCAGUUGAGCAGAA